UUGGAUCCAGCAGCCUGACAUUUCUUGAUCAUCAAGUAGUAGACCUACUCAGCAACAUAGACUGGAUGAACAACACUGAUGGUCCUGGCCUGAUUCCUGCACAGGGAUUUCUCUCUUCUCCUGCUUAUCUCUUUCAAGAUUCUCAUAGAAGUGUUCAACUAGAUUCAAUCCCAUUAGAGAAAUCAUUAAAACCAUUAGUGUUGCAAGGGAAUAUGGAGAUUACUAUACUUGCUGUAGUGAAACAAAAGAUAGGAAAUGUUGGCAGUAUAGUCACAUUGUGCUCUGGACAAAAAAGAAUAUUUGAAUUACAGUCCAGUGGAAGGAAGGGUGAAAUUCGUCUGCGGUAUUUACAUAAUAAUAAUACAGUCCACAUUGAAACAUUCCCAUAUCAGCUUGCAGAUAACAAAUGGCAUAAAGUGGCCAUAGCAGUCAGUAGCAAUGAAGUGACAGUGCGUAUUGAUUGCAUUAAUACCUUCCAAAGAUUAAUCCCAACUAUAGACUGGACUUUGAAUAAAGAUAAGCUCAAAGUAUGGAUAGGCCAAAGACGCCGUAAGCAUGCUGAAUUUAAGGGCAUAUUGCAAGAUGUGAAGAUAGUUUCAGGACCUUAUGGUUACUUAGUACAGUGUCCUGAGGCAGACACAGCCUGCCCGACUUGUGGCCAGUUUGCAAAACUAGAAGAAAUGGUACAAAACCUUUAUAACCAUAUAGAGCUCCUCAAUGCAAAGUUGAUCUCAACAGAGAAGAGACUGUCUGCCCUGGAAGCUUGUGAUUGCUCCAAGAGCUGCACAUUUGAAGGGAAGAAAUAUGAAGCUGGUGCAGAAUGGGAUGUGAAUUGUACAACUUGCAAAUGUCAGAAUGGUAAAGUGGAUUGCAGACCUUUGCCGUGUCCAGCCACCAAUUGUAAACAUACAGUGCUACAGGGAUGUUGUCCAGUCUGCUUAAAAGGUUGUAAGUUCCUAAAUGUGUCUUAUGACCACAAUGAAACUACUUGUCCAGGAAAAAAUAAACAUUACGUGUGCAAAAAUGGCAUAAUGAAGCGGAAUCGUCAUGGGAAGUGCCCAGAGUUAGAUUGUCCUGAGGAAAACCAAGUGUACGUUGCAAAAUCUUGCUGCAAGAUAUGCAAAGAUAGCAAUUACUGUAAAAAAGGAAACAAUUGCCAUGGCAACGCCACUUGCAUCAACCUAAAGACUCGCUAUGAUUGCAAGUGCAAUGCAGGAUUUGUUGGCGAUGGACGUCAUUGUGAAGAUGUUAAUGAAUGUUUGAAGAAGGGUGGCCAGGAUGGAAACCAUUGUGACUCAGACUCCACCAUUUGUGCCAAUGUCCCAGGCUCCUACGUGUGCCAGUGUAAAGCUGGAUUCACUAGAGUGAAUGAAUACAACUGCAUAGAUAUAAAUGAGUGUGACAGUGGACUUCAUGGCUGCCAUGACAAUGCCGUCUGCAAGAAUUCCAUUGGCUCUCACACAUGUGAAUGUUUGCCAGGAUACAGUGGAGAUGGAUACCUUUGUACUCCAAUCUGCAGCAUUCCUUGUGGAAACAAUGGUACUUGUGUCAAGCCCGACCAGUGUCAGUGUAGGCCAGGUUACGGGGGACAUGACUGUCAACAAGAUUUGGAUGAGUGUGUCCUGGGCAUUGCCAACUGUCCAAGCUCUUCUGAGUGUGUCAAUCUCCCUGGCAGGUACUACUGUAAGUGUAAGGAGGGCUACAAGACCAUACAUGGACACAGCAAAGACGGAGAUUUCUGUCAAGAUUUGAAUGAGUGUGAAGGGGAAGGGGGUGGUCACACAUGUCACCCCAAUGCACUGUGUAUCAAUACACUGGGUGGUUACUACUGCAACUGCAGUGAAAACAGUGUGUCCAAGUGUAACAACAGCUGUAUGUACAAAGAUGUGGAGUAUGCCAGUGGAACAAUGUGGAAGGCAGAUGAUGAGAGAUGUUCUAUGUGCUCCUGCAAGGAGGGUGUUGUGAGGUGCAACAUUGUAGACUGUGACUGUAAUAGCAAUUAUGUUGAUCGUGACUGUUGUCCACAGUGCGAUGUUAACUACCAGUGUAUUGACCUGGACAUGGGGCGUAACUACACUAACGGCCAAAGAUGGUUUGAGGGUUGUGAAGAAUGCGAGUGCUUGCAUGGAGAAAUUGAUUGUUGGCCUGUCAAAUGUCCUCCUCUACCUUGCCAACAAGCACAACAGAGCAAAGAGGACUGCUGUCCAAAAUGCCUAGAUGAUAAAAACAGUGAUAACAGAGUAAUCCAAGAUCCUUGUGCUGAUGUUGGAGAAGUCCCACUAUGGAACAGUGUUUGCACAUAUAAUGGUUUGACUUAUCAACACGGUGACAUAUUUUGGUUGGCAGACGACCCAUGUGUCAGUUGUGAAUGCAAGGCUGGUCAGACAUGCUGUUCAUUUAAUGGCUCUUGCAACAGUGGCAGUACAACAGAACCUGAGAAUAAAUCAAACAUGAAAGGUGACAUAUCAGAAAAAUUACUUACAGACAAAGACUUAGUUGUUCAAGUGGGUAAAGAAAAAAGAAUAAAAAACUCAACCAUAUCCCAGGAAGAAGGUACUGACAGAAGAAUAAAUGUUUUUUCAAUUUGACUAGUAUAAUGAAAAACGAAACUGCUACAGGGAUUGAUGAAGGAUAGAGGAAAUCCAGCAGAUGGAUUCCCUUGUGAAUUGUGACAAUGAUUAUUUUUAACAAAAGAAUUAUUUAUUUUUCUGUGCUGAACACUAAUUUAUUUUAAGAAGCAUGAGAGAUGUUUUGAUGGAUGAGACAUAUUUUGUGUGUGUUUUAGAAUAUUCACUUAUGUCAUAUUUACUGCAGAUGCAGGUAUGAGUUAAUAGUGUUUGAAUGCAAACAAGUAUACUAUAUUGGCAUUGUUUCUUUCAGUUGGCACUUAAAUGUAUUGAAUUAAGUAUAUUUGGAUUACCCAUUAACAUGAUAAUUAUAAAUGUCAUUUACACCAGUGCAAAAAAGGAAUGUUGCAUGCAAAUGCUGACUGUUAGAAUUCAAGAGAGGAAUUCAAGAAAAAGAAAAGCAUUUAGCCUUAGGUAACUAUUGCAAGACAUGAUUAUGGUUAAAAAUAAUAAAAAAGUGUAAUUUAUUAGACUUAUUCUGAAAAGUAUUCUUGAGCUGACGAAGUAUUGAAGAUCUUUUUAAAUUUGUUCAUAGAUUAUCAGGUAAGGCAUUAGAUGUGUAUAUUCUGUAUAUGUGCCAUUUGCAUUGCAUAAAAAAUGUUGUGAAGUUGAUCAUUUAGACAUGUCAGCCACUGUCAUUUUAGGUCAUUAAUUGUAGCAAUGAUCUCUCACUUGUAAUAUACUUUUCUCUUUAAUAGAAAAGACCAGAGGUCAUAAAUAUUUAUGAGUAAAUAUUUUGAAUUUCAAACAUUCCUUCAGCAGUACAGGUACUGUUUACUUUUUUGUUUGUUUGUUUGUUUGUUUUGCAUUUGAUGCUAACAUCACUGGGAAU